AUGACCUCCAGAUCAUACAGGACGAGUGUCUCGUCGUCACAUAGCAGGCUUCGUCUCCCGCCGUCACCCGCAGUCGAAAGCUCCACAGGCUACUCGCAGUUCAGCUCGUACGAAUACUCGGCUCGUCCCCGUACCGCCGUCUCGACAAUCGGAGUAGAGUCGCAACAGGUCAUCUGCGCUGUGAGCGAGUCUCGUGGUAUAGCUCCCACAGUUGGUCUUGCUUUCGUCAAUCUGGAUACGGGUGAGGCCGUCCUCAGUCAAAUUCCAGACAGCCAGUCCUAUGUUCGCACUCUGCACAAGUUGGCAGUCUUCAGUCCUUCCAAAAUCCUCAUUCUCGACACAGCUGCAAAGACAAUGUCCAAGCUCUUCUGCCUCAUUGAGGGAAAUCUGGAUGACCUGAACAGCAACUUGAUUCUCCUUGAUCGCCGCUACUGGGCCGAAACUACCGGCAUCGAGUUCAUUGAACAGUUUGGAUUCAUUCAAGACGUCGACAGCAUCAAAACGUCCGUCUACGGAAAUUACUUCUCGGUAUGCUGUUUCGCCGCCGCCAUGAAGUUCAUCGAGCUUGCAAUGAACAAGACCUUCCCACCACACUCUUUGAGGAUUAGAUACGAAGCAUCCGAAGGCUCCAUGAUGAUCGACCUGUCCACCAUCCGCUCGCUCGAGUUGAUCCAGAAUCUCCAGAAUCAAAAAUCACCCGACUGUCUGUUUGGUAUUCUUAACCAGACCUUGACACCAAUGGGUUCAAGACUUCUGCGAAGCAACGUCCUACAGCCGCUUACCGAUCGCCAGACACUGGAAACACGCUACGAUGCUCUCGAAGAGCUGACAACCAAGGAAGAAAUGUUCUUUGCUACAAGGACAGCGCUCAAGACCAUCCUGGAUGCAGACAAGAUCCUGACCCAGCUCAUCAUUAUUCCAACCAAGCCGUCAUUACAAUCCACUGAACAGAGUAUAAACCAAAUCAUCAUGCUCAAACAGUUUGUGGCUGGCACUCAGCCUGUCUACGAAGCCUUGACCGGAUCCAAGAGUGUUAUGCUGAAAGAGAUUCGACGCAACUGUAUUCCCAGCGGUAUUGAUUCUAUCAGAGUACUCAUCGACGAGUAUAUCAACGAAGAUAUCACCUAUGCGAAACAACCACUUGAGCUGCGAAACCAGAGGACAUACGCAGUCAAGUCGGGUAUCAAUGGACUGCUCGAUGUCGCUCGGCAAACGUACAAGGAGGCAAACAUGGACGUGUAUCAGCUCGUUGAUGAGCUGCAGGAUACACACUCGCUCAGACUGGAGCUCAAGUACGACAAUGCUCGACAGUACUAUCUCAGUCUGAACGCUUCGGAACUCGAAGACCGAAACCUACCACCGAUAUUCAUCAAUGUCGUUCGCAAGAAUAAAAAGGUCGAAUGCUCAACAUUAGACCUGCGAAAACGCAGCCAGAAGAUCUCAGAUUCUCAUACUGAAGUAUUGCUGAUGAGCGACAAAGCGAUACAAGAUCUGAUCACCGAAAUCCGCAUCUAUAUGUCUGUGCUGUUCAGAGCCUCUGAGAGUAUCGCGAUGUUAGACGUGCUUUCGGCCUUUGCUCACAAUGUCACUCUGCAUGACUACACUCGUCCUCGCAUCACGCAAACUCUCGGCAUCAAAGCUGGUCGUCAUCCCAUCAGAGAGAAGGUACAAAACACUCCUUUUAUACCCAACGAUGUGUUCGCCACACAGCAGUCACGUUUCCAGAUCAUCACUGGAUGCAACAUGAGCGGGAAGAGCACCUACAUUCGUUCCAUCGCGCUGCUGUCAGUCAUGGCUCAGAUUGGUUGCUUCGUGCCAGCCGAAUUCGCCUCUUUUCCAAUCAUCAAACAACUCUUUGCCAGAAUUUCCAUCGACGACAGCAUCGAGGCCAAUGUAUCAACCUUUGCUUCUGAGAUGAGAGAAACAGCAUUCAUCCUGCGCAACAUUGACAAACACAGCCUCGUCAUUAUCGAUGAGCUCGGCCGCGGCACGUCACCUCGAGAUGGCCUUGCCAUCGCUCUAGCCAUCGCAGAAGCAAUGGUGCAAAGUCGAGCUCUGGUAUGGUUCGCAACACACUUCCACGACCUGGCAAAGAUACUCGCAGAGCGCAAUGGAGUCGUCAACAAACAUCUCGCAGUGGACAUGUCAGAAGCAGAUACAAUGGCCAUGCUGUACACCCUCGCCGACGGCGUCGUCUCCGAACAACACUACGGCCUCCAGUUGGCAAAAGUAAUGCCCUUACCACCCGACGUCGUCACCUACGCAACUCACGUAGCAGAACAACUCCAAGCCCAAGUGGAAAGACGACGCAAAGCCUCCAAGGCCGUCAUGGUCGGAAGGAAAAGAAAGCUCAUCCUGGGUCUCAGAGAGGAACUCGCGCAUGCGGCUGGUGGUGCAAUGGAAGGAGCGGUUCUGCAGAGUUGGCUCAAGGAGCUGCAACGAGAGUUCGAGGUACGCAUGCUUGCGAUUGAACAGGAAGCCAUCGAGACGGACUUGGGAAGUCUGGAUCUUGAUGUCGACAUGGAGGAAUUCGAGACCAGCUCGAUUGGAAUCAGGUCUGCGAUGGCAGGUGGUGAUGACGACGGGAUGAUUAGUGGGAGUGGCGGCGCUGAGUCGACCAUUGAAGACGACAGUAACAUGACGGACAGAUAUUGA